AUGGCGUGGGAAGCCUCAACAUGGCUGGUUCUCGUCCGGCUGUUUCAGCUGGUCGAGCUGCUGGCCGUGGUGGGCCUCAACGGCUUCUUGACCGUCAUGAACUAUACCGAGAGGUACUACUGGUCGCCAUUCAUCAUGGUCAUUGAGGUUCUGUUGAUUCUCCUCGCCAUCUACACUACGCUCGCCCUCGUCUUCAGGCACACCGGCCAACGGUCGAAGAGGCCGGCGUGUUUCGUCUGCUUUGUCGUAACGGAUUCAAUCGCCUGCGCUACCAUUCUCGCCAUAAUAACACUUCUUGCCCGCGCCGGCCUCCCCAAAGACUGUGAUGGCUUUGCGACGUUCGACGGCGAGGGCGAAAUGGCAUCCGUCCAGCCCAAUGUCUAUUAUUACAACGCGGCGCUGCCGAAAUUGACUCUACAAAAAUACUGCGGCCUCGAACGCUCAACUUACAGCGUUGCCAUUUCGCUUGUCUUCACCUACAUUGCCACCAUAGUCCUAACUGUCUUGCGCAUAUUUGAGAGGACUUACACCAAGAACUCAAAGGUCAGCGAAGUCCUCGACUCGCUCGAGCGCAACAACCUCGACGAAUUCAAGCUGUCCGACGACGUGCCGUCGCACUCGUCGACGCCCACUCUCGCACUGCCAUCGCGGCCCCUACCCCCGCCAAGCGAGGGCAUAAUGACCCGCAGCAACUCGCUCCGCAGCACCGUCACGGCAUCCACCUCGCACGCUGGUUCAAGCCUUGACCGGGCCUGUCUCAUACCUCGCCGGCCCGUCGGUCAACCGCCUGCGCCGCAAGCAAAGCCGUCGAUUCCGCCCAUGCCAGUCAUAGUCAGCGCCGGUGGGGUUCAACACCAAGGCUUUGUAACCGUCACCCUAGAGGAGGAGGACGAACACGACGAACACCACGACGACGACGACGACGACGACAACGACGACGACGACGACGACGACGACGGCAGCGCCGAGGCCGCCCUGGUCGCCGAUGGGAUGCAGCACCGCGAGCAGCAGCAGCAGAGGGAUCAGCAGUUCCGCCUGCCCAUGCUGCCCGAGGAGGAGCAGUCGGCCGCGUCGGCGCUCGUCUCGGACGGCAUGCGGCCCUCGGAGCCGUCGCUACCGCCGUACUACCCCCGCAAUGGCGGCGGCAUGCCCGGCCAUAGCUCCGAGAGCAACGAGAUGCGGCUCAGCGAGUACGUCAAGGGCGAGACACGGGCGCAGAACCUCAAAGACUCGGGGGGGUACUGA